CGAAUAGUCAGCAUACCGUAGGCCGGACCACGACCAGCAAUUCCAUCGCCACGGUAUUGUUCUUUGGAAGGUGUAGAGAUGGCAUAUCCGUUGUUACGGCUAAAUAACGGCCGAAAUCAUACAAAGGUGGCGAUGAAUUUAAAAAAAUGGCUUCCGGGUGUAUGCGAGACUGCGAGAAUGACGUUUGAGGCCUUGGCGUGGGGUUCGCUUCAAACAUCAACAGCCACACCACAAUCACAAAUCAGUGCUUCCAGUUUAUUAUUAUUUUUCGUCCUCCAAUCUCAAGUGAUGUUUAUGUUUCACAGUGUCUGGAUUAAUUUUUCCCGCCGUUGACGUUUCAAUGCUAAGCGUUGCAGUUCUGGAAACAAAAAUUUUGUGUGUCUUCCUAUCCUGUCCGGCAACGCCCACAAUAGACCGCGCCUUUAGUCUACAGUAGUGCCGAUCCGGGAUUUCAAACAAACAAACAAUCCAAAAAAAGAGGCUAGGCGCGAGUAAUAGAACAAAAGAGGAUCGAGGGUGUUUGAUCGGAAACCGGAAGAAGAAUCCGGAUGCUGGGGGAUAAGAUGAGCGAAUGUCAUGUCGACAGUAGCAGCCUCUUCCUCUUGUUCCUCGUCAUCAAUGGCGCCUUCACGCUCGGCAACUGCCAAUUUGACGAUCAAUAACAAGAUGGAAUUAGUUUCGGCCGGCGAAUCCGGCCCGCCCUCUAGGAUGUUUCAUCCGUCCAAUGCUCCCCAGUCAAGUCAUCAUUCGCAACAGCAACAACAACAACAACCUCAGUCUCAAUCACCUUACCGGUUCGGAGCGCCUGAUAGCCGGGCGUCGUACAGAGAACAACGCGGCAUGGGCCUCAAUAGCGGCCGCUCAAUGACCGCUCACAAUCAUCCGUCCGGAUCGGCAGCGAGCUCAUCUGCUGCUGCUGGGCCGUGGCACCCGACCAACAACCACCAGGCGGGGGCCGAAUCCGGUCCGAAGCCCGGCCGCUCCUUCAGCACCGGCAUGGCGUCUCUCAGUCGUUCCAAUGGCAGUCUGGCCGGCACCGCUAACAAUUCGAUUCAUCCUGCCGCCAACACCGAAACGGACGCCAACGGCAACAGCAAAACGCGUUCCAGAACACAGACUCCCGGGAACAUUGGAGGCGCUUUGUCCGCCACGGCCGCGACGGCAGGUAGCGUCACGGCCGCCGCCCAUGUGUUGGCCAGCCCGGCCAGUUCAAACGGUUCCGCAGGUGGCAAGCAGCGCCGAGGCGAUUUCGGUGGCAGCCACGGCUCGCUGGACGCUCUGGCCAGCGGUGCCGAGCGCGAGAGCUUCUUCGCCUUGUUGCGCGAUUUGGGCGCGCAGAGCAGCGGCAGCGGAAGUAGCAGCAAUGGCAACGGCAGCCUGGUGCCCAGUCGGUCGUCCCCCGAAAGAGAUUUGGACGAUCCCGUUCACGCCAAACCGGUCGGCUGCGCACCCAGCAGGCUGGCCGAGUUGCUGAAACCCAAUUUCCAUUCGGCCCGAGCCGCCGUGUCCAACACGCAGUCGGAGCCAACGGCCGCCGUAUUACCGUUGACUGGCUCUUACUCGUUAGCCGUCCAGCAACAGCAGUCUGUCAUGCUCCGACGAAGUACACCAGAGCCACCACUCGGAGCGGGGAUGCAGCCACCGGUGGCUAGAAGCGCCACAUUACCGGCGGACGCAUCCAGCCCGAAACCUCGUUCCAAAUUCCAGCGAUUCUGGGAUCGCGAUCGUUCCAAUAAAGAGCCAAAGGCGUCCAGCAUUCCGGCCACCACGGUCGCCAUCGCCGCUUCCGUCGUGGCCGUCCAACACGGCACCGCUUCCGCCAGCGGCGCCACGUCGAGAUCCGCCUCGGAACCGUCCAUCUUCAAGCGACUCCGCGGUGGGGGGAGUGCGUCCAGCGGAAGCGGAUCUGCUUCUUCGUCCAAUUGCAAAGGAUUGAACGGAAUCUCCGCAUCGCCCGAACCCGAUCUGGCCGCCACGCUGGAACGCGAUGCCAGCGACAUGGAAGCCCGGCUGGACGAGCGGCUGAAGCGCAAAGCUUUUGCCCAUCACGACUGCCAGAGCAUGAGCGUCAACCUGGGCUACGCUGCCCGCCUGCGCGGAUUGCUCGCCCAGCGCCGCAACACUACCACUGGAGCGUCGGCCGCUUCCAUGGCAUCCGCUUCGUCGUCGUCUUCCUCCUCUUCCUCUUCUUCCUCUUCAUCUUCUUCUUCUUCCACUGCCACCUCCUCUUCGAUCGCGGCCUUGAACGCCGCAACGACCGGCUCGUCGGGCAGCUUGUCCGGCGGCGGCAAGGGCAAAUUGAAGACGCAGAUGAGUUACCCUCCGGCGACGGAAGUGACGGAUCCGACGGCCGCGUCGGCUCUGCCCGCACCGGAUGAGGUGGACACGGGUGACGGCAAGAGCAAUCAGCUGCUGCAGAGCUGCCCGUUCUUCCGCAACGAGCUGGGCGGCGAGCCCGAGUGGUGCGUGGGCGUGUCGCGAUGCUCCAGUCCGCAGCUGCAACAGCCGCAGCAACAGCAUCCGUCGCCGACUCUGCUCCAUCGGCCCGUCAGCACCUACGGAGUCAGCGUGCUGGAAUUCGGUGCAGGCAAAUCGCAUUGGCGGCACGGCAUUUGUCCCUACCAGAAACAGCCGUCCGUCCUGGAACGCGGCGACCAAGGCGCCUUCUACUACGGCAACCAUUUUUACGCCCAAGAGCACCAAAAUUGGUUUGGAAUGGAUGAGAAUCUCGGUCCGAUUGCCAUCAGCAUCCGGCGCGAGAAGGUGUCUGCCAACGACGUCGAGUCGAACAACAGCCACCACCACCACCACCACCACCACAAUCAUCACAAUCAUCACCAUCAUAGCCAUCACAGUCAUCACAAAGAUCAGUACAUCUACCGAAUCAUCAUCCGCACCAGUGAGCUGGCCACGCUGCGCGGGACCGUCCUCGAAGAGGCUAUCCCCUCUCUAAAGCCGGCCGGCCCUAAAGGUCUCUCUCUUCGCGAAGUGCUGGACAUGGUCUCGCCGGAAAUUCACUUGCCCUGUCUCCGGCUGGCCAUCCCGGGCCCGACGACGGAGCAACAGCUUCUCAAGUUGGACCAGCAAGGCCUGUCCAACCACUACAAGGUGGGCAUCCUCUACUGCAAGGCCGGCCAGUCGACGGAAGAGGAAAUGUACAACAACGAAGAGGGCGGUGCAGCGUUCGAUGACUUCCUCAACCUGAUCGGCCAGCGUGUCCGCCUGCGGGGCUUUGAGAAAUACAAAGCCGGUCUGGACAACAAGAUGGACUCGACGGGCCUGUAUUCGUUGUAUUCGCAAUACCAGGAUCGUGAGCUCAUGUUUCACGUCUCGUCGCUCUUGCCGUUCACGCCCAACAACCGGCAACAGUUGCUGCGCAAGAGGCACAUCGGCAACGACAUCGUGACCAUCGUCUUCCAGGAGCCGGGCGCCAUGCCCUUCUCGCCCAAGAAUAUCCGCUCGCAAUUCCAGCACGUCUUCAUCAUCGUCCGCGUUUUACAUCCGUGCACGGACCACACUCAGUAUCAGGUGGCCGUCAGCCGUUCCAAGGAGGUGCCCAUUUUCGGCCCGCCCAUUCCUAGCGGGGCCACGUUCCCCAAAUCACAGGCCUUUGUUGAUUUCUUGCUGGCCAAAAUCAUCAACGCGGAACACGCUGCUCAUCGCUCGCAAAAAUUCGCCACCAUGGCCACACGCACCCGUCAGGAAUACCUCAAGGAUUUGGCCACGAAUUACGUGACGGGAAACACGUUAGAUAGCGGCUCCAAGUUCCCUAUCCUGACGUUCAGCAGCCGCAAAAAGGAGAGGCUCAAACCGAAAUUCUAUCCGGACGCUGUCCAGGCGGGCGCCAUUUGCUGGCAGGUGUCGGUGGAUGAUUUCAGCGGUGGCGGAGGCUCUGUCCGGCAAACAGACAGCUUGCUGGGCAUCUCUGGAGACAGUCUCGUCCUGGUGGAGGAGAGCACGAAAGAGUGCAUUUGGGCCGUCUCGUGUAAAGCCAUCCUGGGAUGGACGUCGUCGACGUCCAGCAUCAAAUUGUAUUACCAUCAAGGUGAAUGCAUUACCGUCCAGGGUAGAGACUGUGAAGCGGAUGAGAUUCCCGAAAUUGUGGCCCGUCUUCACGCCGUCACGUCCGGUUGUGGCACGCGGGAGCUCUCGCUGAGGAGGAACGCCGUAGGGCAGCUAGGAUUUCAUGUCCAGCCCGAUGGACUGGUAACGGAAGUCGAGCCUCACGGGCCAGCAUGGCAGGCGAGUUUACGUCAAGGCUUCCGGUUGGUGGAAAUUUGUAAGGUGACAGUAGCGACGCUCAACCACGAACAGAUGGUAGACCUGUUGAAAACGUCGGCCAUUGUCACGGUCACCGUUCUACCACCUGUCGAUCCCAACACACCUCGACAAGGUUGCACGCUUCAGAGCUGCUCUUACAUCGUCGGCAGCAUCGACGGCGAGUAUGACAAUGUCGACGUCAGUGGCGAAGGGGUGGACAACGCGAAUGCAGCGAUGCGCAGUUCGGGAGCCGUCCAGCAGCAAUCCGUUUCGAUUCACAGUCGACGCUUACGUUACGAGCGCAGCGUCUCGCCGCCCCGUUCCAGCAGCAGUUCCGGCUACGGAACGGGCAGUAGUUCCAGAUCGUUUACGGUUCAGGGAGCGGCCGCGCUGGCGGCCUCGGCUGCGGCCGCGGCUGGAACUGCGACUAUGUCGGCCGUUAUCUCCACCAACACGACGGAGGGGACCCUGAAAUCGACUUCGAGCGGCCAUUCGAGCGACGAUCCGUGGUACGAUUUCAUGUCGGAAGUGCUAGAAGCUGAAGUGCUGAACGGGCCAGCUGGUUCGACCAUAUCGCCUCCUCCGCUUCCAUCGAGGCACGGUCCACUUCCAGCGGCCAGCCGGCUGCGUUCGGGCCACGGUGGCGAACAUUUUACGCCUCCGGUCAUUUCCGUCCAACAACCAUCUCCGGCCGUGGAGAACGUGAAAUCAAGUAGGAGCCAAGACCACAUUUUUCCGCACGACGGAUCUUCGCCCGUUAAAAAUCGGCCCGCCGGGCCGCCGAGCGUUUAUUCCACUCCGCCGAGCAAAGUGAAACCCGUGUUGGAGAGUCCCAGCCUAGUGGGCCGUAUGAGUAAUUACGAAGAUGUGCGCAGGCUGCAGCAGAGCGCCAGCACUUCCGCCGCGCCUCAGGAAACGUCUGGCUCUGCUAGCAGUAAAGUCCGUCCAUUGAAUCCGCCCGAUUACCACCACGCCAUGCAAAGUCGUUUGGUGGCUCUCAAAUCGCCUGACCAGCAACACGGUCCCAACAAUCGAAAAUCGCCCUCCUCCACUUACACUUCACGCAGCGAGGACGAACUGUCGGCCGGAAGCGCCAACAGCCUGUCACCACGAAGCCGCCGCAAGCACAGCAAGAACAAUGGAGCUGGAAAUUUGACGCCUUCCAGCGGCAGCAGCCGAAAUCAGAGCCCGCGAAUGUUUGUCGAGGCCAAGUUGAAGUCCAACGCCAACGGAAGCGUCUGCAGCGGAGGCAGCGGUGGCGGAGGCAGCGGCCAGAAGCGCUCCAGUACAAAUCUACAAGAAGAUCUGUUACGACUCAUCGGCCCGGAUGCGGUGGAUGAGGUAUCGGCCGAUGAUUCGUCGGUCAUUGUCACCCACGCCCGGCCUGCCAAUGCCGUCCUCUCGUCCGCCAAUUCAUCCGUCCAGUCUGCCGAUAUGGCCGACCUUCCCGAUGCCGAAGAGAUGGACUGGUCACGUUUAGUGCACGCCGCCGCCCGAGCCAUCCAGGGCACGGCGUCUUCGAUGGCUUCCGCCCCAGAAGAUGUUGAUGACGACCUGCUGGAAGAUGAGAUCGAAGAGCCCACGCGAGACGGUAGCGACAAUCAAGAUUCACUCACUUCGUGGAUCGAUGAUGUGACGGAAAAAUUACGCAUCGAAGCGGAAUCAGCUGAAAGUCCGCCGGGAGGAAUCGGCUCGACUCUGGUGAUGGAUAAUGUAGUGCAAUUACGGAUGAAUCAACUAGAACAACAUGUCGGAUCACUGGAGAACCGUCUACGUGGCGAAGAGGAUAGGAGGCAAGCCCUCGAGGCGGAAAUCCGUCGGUUGCGGGAGGCCAACUCGCGUCUUGCCGGUGAGUCGCAGACGGCGGCACAACAACUGAAACGCUUCACGGAUUGGUUCUUCCAGACAAUUGAACGACCAUAAAAGAUUGCGGAUAUAGCCAAUUGUAAUAUGGCGGCCUUACCCACUUAUCAAAGAAGAAAUCACACUGUCGUGUUUUUGCAUUCAUCGUUUUGUUCUUUUCGCCAGCAUUUUCUAAUGAAAACGAUAUAUUUUGUUGUUUUUUUUUUCUCCCGCGUUCGUCCUAAUGGCCUUUCCCACCAACAACUGUCACUUAUUUCCUGUCUUACCUUUUUUUUAAAAAAUAUUUUACGGUCAUACUCUUUUUUUAGAACCAAAGUGUGUUUUUAUCGUCUGCGAAUGCGUCUUUGUUUCAUAUAAUUUCAUCAUUUACCUGGGCCGUUGUGUACAAAAUGUAUUUUUUCGUCCAUAUCAUUUGUUUUUGUUUUUCUUCCUUUUGCAAUUCCAUUAAAGAGUGCGUUUGCUUUGGCUCGGAAAGAAGGCUAUGUUGUACUGCCCUAAUGUUUCUUAACUAUUAUGCGUAUCUCGUUUCCGCAUCAGACUCAUCGAAAUUCUUGUUUUUCGUCUCUGUUUUUUUCCUUACACGUUCGAAAUUGUACUUCUCCGCCUACCACACGCCUUUACAGAGAUUUGGUAUUCUUUAUAACUGCCCUACUAUUUCGAACAAUCACUACACUCUGCCUUUUUAUACAUAAAACAAAAAAAAACUGUUGUUCGUUACCUCAUGAUGGGGUAAUGUAAAGGAUCAAUAAUUUUAGCAGUUUUGAUGUUUUUUUUUUGUUGUUUUCCAUCGUCCCCGAUUUACCGAAUCCGUCUCCUUCAGAAAAGUAUUUGAAAGAGUUGUAUUUACAUACGGCAAUACAAUGGAUUCUUCUUUUGCUUA